AUGAGUUCAGAAAUCAACAUAAGGCAACUGCUUUAUUACAAACAUCUCAAUCCCAGUCCGACUUAGCAAUCCCUUAGAACAGUUAAAACUAUGCAACAUAGACUCAAUCAAUUGAGAUCUUCUGCUUAAAGCGACUUUAGGCUUACUACUCUCCAAACUCAAACACCUGUUCAUAAUUUUAGAUAUGGAUUUAAUGCAGAUGAACACCAAAAUUAGAAUUCUUAGAUCCACUUCUUAGAGGCUUUUGAUUAUCCUUUCAGAUAUAUCAAUAGUUAUAUUACAGAGAGCAAACGGAAUAUAGCAUAAUUACAGGAUCAGUCUAACAGGAUACGCCUGGAAAUGUCGAACAUAAUUUCAAAAUCAGAAUCUGAAUUAAAUCAAAUAUAAGUCAAUUUUAGAGAGUCCCUGAACAAAAAAUAUAAAUAAUUAAGAGAGGAUAAUGUUCAGUUCAUUGAGGCAUAGUACAAAUUGUCUAAGGAAUACUAAAGACUAGCCAAGGCAAGAUAAAUGAUGGAAGAAAAGCAUCUAUUAUUAUUACAAAAAGUAGUAUAAUUAGAAAACACGUUACAAGGUGUAACACUUGAAUUACAGUAAUGA